GGCUUAAACCUCUUGUGAGCGUGCUCAUUCGUGCUCAUUCUCGUUCUCUUUGGUUGGAAAGUAAAUAAUAACGUGUUAGUUGUAGACAGUCUGCCUUAGAAGAGAAAAUGAGUAAGGCACAUCCGCCGGAACUAAAAAAGUACAUGGAUAAAAGAUUAUCACUAAAGCUGAAUGGAGGAAGGCACGUUGUUGGAAUUUUACGUGGAUUCGAUCCUUUCAUGAACAUGGUAAUUGACGAGAGUAUCGAGGAGUGUAAAGAUGGUACCAAAAACAACAUAGGAAUGGUGGUCAUACGCGGAAAUAGCGUAAUAAUGUUAGAGGCUCUUGAUAGGAUAUGACGACUGCAAUUUAUAUUCAUGAUCCGGUAGCUGAACUUUCUUUUUACGUGAAGUAUGAUCAAUAUACUUAUUCCACGUGUGAUUGCUUAGUGUAAUGCUAUUCGUAUUUCAAAAAGGAUUAUUUUAAAUAAACAAGUUUUAUAUUAAAA